AUGGUGUCUCCUCAAAUUACCAACCUGGCCAUCAUCGUGGUGUCGAUGCAGCUGGCCAAGAAGAUCCCUUUUGAGGACCCUGACGUUCUUCUUGUUGUCCGUGGCAUGUAUAUCUUGUCCAACGUGCUCAUCCUGGGUAUCUAUCUCUACACUCAGUCCAAGAUCAAGAGCAAGAAGGAUAUGGCUACGUUGAAGUACGUGGAGCCCGCUCCUCUCGGUAGCAACGAGGAGCCCCGUCCGGUAACUACCACCAACAUGGAGUACGACCAGGGGCAGUUGCGCCAGCUGUUCAAGGGACAACUGAUGGGUGUUGGUAUGAUGUGCGUGAUGCACCUGUACUUCAAGUACACCAACCCUCUUUUGAUUCAAUCGAUCAUCCCCCUCAAGAGUGCUCUGGAAUCGAAUCUGGUCAAGAUCCACGUCUUUGGAAAACCCGCUACUGGUGACCUCGCACGCCCAUUCAAGGCCGCGAACAGCUUCCUGAACCAAGGUCAGAUCAAGAGUGACAAGGCUUCCGUUGAGAAUGCGGAGAAGAACUGGAGGGGUGGUGUUAAGGAAGAGUAA